CAUCUUUCCUAAACUGCAACACAAUUAAUAUUAUAUACAUACUUUCUGUGAUAGAUAUAUAGGAUCUAUCUUUUAAAGAAACAAAAAAUAGAAUCAAUGGCUUCUUCUUCUUCUUCUGCCAUGGCUGCUCUAGCUGUAGUGAUGAUUUUUGCGGUGUGGGAGGGGGCUUGGGCUCAAUCAAACUGCAUGACUGCUAUCGUGAGCCUGUCCCCGUGCAUGAACUAUGUGACCGGCAAUUCAUCAGCGCAGCCAUCCUCGUCCUGCUGCUCCCAGCUGGCUAACGUUGUUCAGUCAACCCCACAAUGUCUUUGCUCCCUGCUCAACGGCGGGGGUUCCUCUUUCGGCAUCAACAUUAAUCAAACGCUUGCCAUGUCUUUGCCUGCUGCCUGCAAAGUUCAGACACCUCCCGUCAGCCGAUGCAAUGCUGCGAAUGGGCCCAGUUCUCCGGCGGCAGUGCCACCAGCGGCGACUUCUCCGGUGGGCUCAGAAGCACCAUCCGAUUCAGAAACCCCCACAACACCUUCAGGCUCAGGAUCCACAAUCCCUACAUCAGGAUCGAAAACAGUUCCCUCCACAAAUGGGUCCUCAUCGGCCGAUAACAACGUCGGAGUUUCUUUCCAUAUUCUCAGCUUCUUCCUCUUCGCCGCAUCAUGGGCUCUAUCUUCUGCUACAAUCUAAGCAUCCACUACUGUAUCCCAGGAUUCACAUACAAUCCUAAUUCUGUACUGUGGUUUUGUCUUUUUUUUUUUUUGAAUAUAUUUUGAAUCAUACUGUUGUAUUAUUAUUAUUAUUGGACUUCUACAGUGUGUUUGAUCUUAUUAUUAUUGAUUUUGUAUUAAUAAACGUAGGAUUUGAUCUGAUUAUUGAAAACAGGGACUUCUUUGCCACCU